UAGUGAGGAAAUUAAAUAUAAGUCAUUAACCAUGGAAAUUGAAUUAAUUUCUAGAGAAACCAUAAAACCUUCGUUACCAACUCCUUCUCACCUCAGAAUAUAUCCACUUUCUUUCAUUGACAACAUUAUGCGCCGUACAUAUGUGCCAAUAAUUUUCUUUUACAAACCAAAUGACAUUAGUGACCAAAAUUUCAAAAUAUCACAACUUCGAAAAUCCUUAUCUCAACUUUUAUCCAAAUAUUAUCCUUUUGCCGGUAGAUUGAAAGAUAAAAUUACCAUCGAAUGUAAUGAUCAAGGUGUGUCGUUUUUAGUCGCAAAAAUAAAAAACAAAUUAUCAGAAAUCCUCCAAAAUCCUACCGAUAAUUUGUUGAACCCUUUGUUUCCCGAUGAAUUGCAAUGGACCAAUAUGGAUUGGAGUGAAACUCUAAUUUCAUUUCAAAUCAAUUGUUUUUCAUGCGGAGGAAUGGCUAUAAGUACUUGUGUGAGUCACAAAGUUAGUGAUGCUUCGACCAUUUUGAACUUCAUGCAUGAUUGGUCUCUCAUCAACCGGAAAAUUGAAGAAGAAAAUGAAACGGGUUUUUUAGUAUUACCUGUUUCUAAUUUACUUGAUGGUGGAGCUUCAAUUUUUUCACAGAAAGACUUACCUAUUUUCCAAGAAGUUUUGCCGUUAAAGAGAGAAAGCAAUGUUGUGUGCAAAAGGUUUGUAUUUCAACCCUCAAUGAUUAAUUUUCUCAAAGCCAUGGUAACUUCUAGCCCUAGGAGUAUAGAAGUUGUAACCGCAUGGAUUUACAAGUGUGUGGUUUCAAUAAUAGGGUUAAAUAUUGAGACAACACCGUUUAACACGGUUGUUGACCUUCGUAAAAAAAUGGUUCCUCCAUUGUCUGAAAAGUGUGUAGGUAAUAUAAUUUGGCCCAUGUCUAUAGUUUUUGAUAAGAAAGAAAUGGAGUUGGAAGAUUUGGUAUGCAAAAUAGAAGAAGGGUUAUAUGAAUUUAAUGACGUUUAUCCAAAAAUAUUUGGAGAAAAUAGGAAGGAUAAUUUGUCAUUGAUAUCUAAGUGCUUGAAACAAGCUACUGAUCCUCGCCCUGAGAAUGAAAAUACAUUUACCUUUUCUAGUUGGUGUAGGUUACCAAUGUAUAAAACAGAUUUUGGAUGGGGAAAACCAACCUGGGUUACCACUUAUAGUAGUUUUUCAAGGGAUGUCAUAAUUCUAAUGGAUACAAAAAAUGGGAAUGGGAUUGAAGUUAUGGUGAACUUGAAAGAGGAUGUUAUGGAAAAAUUUGAGCAUGAAGUGGAACUUCUUCAACAUGCUUCCUUUAUUCCGAAUCCGAGCAAUGUUGAACACGAUGCAUGACUAUAAUUUUUUAUAUGAGCGGGAUAUCCAUAAUCCUGCUUUAUGCUGAAAGCAGUGAAGUUUGUUGGGGUGUCAUGUUGGGUCUCAAUGGAUCAGGGGGAUUGGAGGCCCUCUAAUUUCUUGUUUUGUCCUAUCUGUCGUUGAUCCUUGUCUCUCUCUUCCUGAAGAGUAUUAUUUUUCUCGUGGUGAUGCCUUUGAGGGGCUUUAGUUUGGUGGUUGUGUGCCUCCUUGUUUUUUUUAGUUUAUUUGCUUGUUUGUUUUCUUGUCUUAUCUUAAAGAUUGUUAAGUUCUUGUGGAAUAUAUUUCUGGUACCGCUUUGUUUUUCUGAA